GCUCGCUAUGAUCCCCGGAUGUGUGAUGGUCGUCAAUUUUGACUUUUCAAGGGGAUUGAAUGUUUUAAUUAGUAGACAUCUCACCUAAUUUAAUUAUUAGUUUUCUUAUUAAUUUUCUGUAAUUUAGAUUAGGUUGAUACAAAUUAUCUUAGCAUUAAUGGUAAUGCAGGCAAGGAAACUUCCAAGACUCAGCGAUGGGUAUUUUGACAGAAACCAAAGUCAUUCAUUUGAAAACACAGGCAAAUUCUCUAAACCGAAUGAUAGAACAAGCGAGAAAGUACGGGGAUCACCGAGAAACAACGAUGUAUCAGGUAGAAACGAUGUUUUAGAGAAUAAGAGCAGCCCUCGCUACCACCGACCUUGCUCUCAGAGACUAAAAGAUAAAGAUCACAAUGAAGACUCUAGCAAAUCUCCAGUUGUGAAAAAUGAAAGUAAAAGCAGCACAAAUAAAGACUUUAAGUCACAGUCUUCCUGUGAAAGAGAAGGAUCAUCUGAACGGCACCAAAGUAAUCAUGACAGGAGUACUAGCGAAGAAAAUGAAAAGAAACUUCCAAUUGGGGACUGGUCUGAGCACAUCAGCUCCUCUGGGAAGAAAUAUUAUUAUAAUUGUAAAACAGAAGUUUCACAGUGGGAGAAACCAAAGGAAUUGAUUGAAUGGGAAAGGCAGCAGAAUUUAAGUCGUCUGUCGUAUGACACCAAUCGUUCUAAGGAAAGAAGCCAUGAAAGAGUGAGUGGAGCAGGAGGAAGUAAUAAAACUAAGAAUGGUGAGAAAGAAAAGCGAAUUAAAAAAAAAGAUUCUCAUUCCCAAGAUUCUGUUGAGAGUUCUACAGAAAACAGCGAGACAUAUUCAUGUCACACAGAUUCUGGAACUCCCAAUCGGAAUCAGACUUCUGGUACCCAUUCCUCGACAACAAAUUCAAGCUCUUGUCCCUCUAAUGCUCAGGUUGCAGCCCAUUUACUCUCUCCUUCUCAAGUGACAUUAUCAAAUUUGCCCAAGCUGAUCUCACAACUUGCUGGAACAAAGGGCCUGCCUAAUUUAUCUGAGCUGUCUCCUCAGGAAGCUUUGAGAACAAUUCAACAAGCUCUGCAGUUAACUAAACAAGUUACUAAUUUGUCUCAGACUGCAGAUUCACACCAUCAGAAUAAGCCAUCAGCUUCUCCUGCACAGACACAGAAUCAGGUUAACCAUCAUCCAGUAACUGUCCAAACCACAAAUAGUUUGACAAGUAGUGACACCUACCCAGUCAAUUCCACUGGUGCUGCUAACUUCCCAGAUAGCAAGGCUGAUAUUGACCGAGACAGGACUUCACCUGGUUCAGAUAGCAGUACUCACUCAACGAGGCACGACAGCCCAACUUCUAGUGUAAGCAGUUUACAUAGUUUAAGUGCAGCUGGGACAAGUUCAUUAGCUACUGCGGCCCUAAAGCCAUCCAUCCCUUCAUUAACUCCUUCAUUAGCAAAUUAUUAUAGAGAAGACCUCAUUUCUCAUGUUGUGGGUUGGCAGGCCGACCAUGCUGAGCGCCAGGCAAAUCGUUAUUGGGAAGAAGCUCAUAACAUUGGUAGUUUGAACUGCACUCAAGUUUCAGCUGAACUGAAGAUGGCCCGUGCUCUUGUAAGGUUAGCUGAAAUUCAAGCAACUCUCCAAGAACAGAGGAUAUUAUUUUUGAGACAGCAAACUAAAGAACUAGAAGAAUGGAGAAGUUUAAAUAGCUUUAUGGGAGAUUCUUAGUAAGAGAUUUGUAUUUUACUAAAUAUGAUCCUCAUAGGACUUCACUGUGCCGUUACCAACAAACCCUGUAUAGUUUGUUGGUUAAUUCUGCUGGCUGGCAUUUAGAGUUUUUGAAUGCAAAACCCCAACAUUGGGUCCAAAAUGCACUUUGUUUGAGAAUAUCUUUUUGAAUGCCAUCUAAAAUAUAAGAAAUCUUCCAAAUUUUGGUAGCACAGCAUUUCCUUGUAUACAAAUGGACUGAAUUCAGCUGUAUCUGGACUUAAUUAAAGUGCACAUGCCAUGGUUAAAAAGUGCAUUGGAAGACCUUUUCAAGAAAACAAACAACAAAUAAUAAUAAUAAAAAAAAUCUAGUUUUGACGUACACAUGUACUUGUUUCAUGCUGCUGCAGCGAAGUUUAAAUGCUCACAUUUUUGAGUGAGUGACAGCUGGUGUGUGUUUCUGGACUGGGAAAAGACCACUGUGGUGCAUACCUGUGGCUAACUCUCAUGACAUUCCUAAACAAGAACUAAAAUUCGUGCAAGACAUUUCUUCAGUUCCAUUGUGAGUGAAGAAGUUUCAGUUUUAAUUUUAUUUCAUGUCUUUGGAAUCAUAAGUUAAAUGCAUUCUCUUCAGACCUAUAUAUCUUAUUAUGUUGAAUGGGUACAUGCCAGGAUUUCUCAAAAUUUUAAGUUUUUGAAGAUGUAUAUUUUGAUAACGUAAAAAUGUUUCCCUGUUGUAUAUUGUAUUUUGUAUGGUGACAUCUUAGAUUUUGUUAGCAAUUAAAAUUACCCAAAAUGCUAAAGUGUGUUUUAUUGUAAUCGAUAUCUUCAAUGAAAAAUGUGUUUAUUUUCAUUCUGACAAUUGAAUGCCAAGGUAUAUGUUCUGAUUUAUGGUGUAAUAAAUGUUUUAACUUUUUCUCAUCAGUCUGCUGUUAAAAUCGAAAAUACAGUAUGUAUUUAAAUUGUGAGUAAAGUUUUUGUAUUGGCUAUAUGUAUCAUACUUGUUAUAUUACUAAAAUUCUUGUUGUGUUUAUAAAUAUUGUAAGCUGUGAAUAUUUAAUUUUAGAAAUAUAUUGCUAUAUUGAGUAUAUAUACACACACACAGACAGACAUACAGUAUUAAAUGUGGGAGUAAGAGAUCAAAUAAUUAAUAUUUAGUGCAGGAUCAAACAAGGAAAGUACAGUUAUUUUAAAUAUCUUGGUUUUUCUGUGUAUUUGCUGAUUUCCAAGAUGAAUGUUUUAUUUUAGUCCAUGCAUUUAGUUGAAGAAUAUGUAAUAACCUUUUAUAUUUUAGAAACCAAAUACUUUCCUCAUGGGGAAGUUAUUUGGUUGUUUUUAAUCUGAUGGUUUUUCAAUUUAGACAGAUAUAUGAAUCUUUAUAGUCAAGGUAUAACAAAAACAUUUAGUGAACACAUUAAAAUUAAUUUAUUUCUAUGCAUUUAUGUAAUCUAAACUUGGAAAAGAAGUUAAACCUGCUAAAGAAAUCUAAACUUGAAUUAAAUGCAAAAAUAAUGCACCUCAAUACAGAAAUAAAAUAUUCAAACUAAUGAAUGCAAUUUUGUUUGUAAUUUGUUGAUUAAUUUUGAUUAAAUAAUAAUUGAGUGUUGCUUUUUUUUUUUUUUUUUUUUUUUUUCAGAUUGGAUGGAAAUUCCAAAAAAAUCCAUCAUUUAAGUUCUAUUAAUGUUUAUGAAUAGAAAACUAUUUUAAAAUUAGAAAUUGCAAUACAUUUCGUACUUUGCUUUUUUAUCUUAUUCAAUUUUAAAACUUCAUUAUGUGAAAAUGUUUAUAUUUAAUUUCAAUGUUUGAAAAAGUUACAUAUAUAUAUAAAUUUAUAUAAAUCUGAUUUGGUUUCUGUUUUCAUUAGGACUAUAAUUUUAUCCCCUUUUUUGCUUACAUAUUCAUACACUGUUUAGAGUAAAUGCAUCAUUAUCUGUCAGUGUCGUGUGUUCAUCUAAAAAUCUGUUUUUUGAGUAAUGAAUACAGUUUAACAUUUCUUCUAAGAACCUUUGAGUAUAAAUUGAAUUUUCACGACAUAAAUAUUUUUAUAUGCAGUAUUCUUGGCAAUUCCUGUUAAAUUUGGUUUAAUGAUCAUUUGUUAACCAAGUUUUAAUUACUAUUUAUUUUAAUUUGUGACAUCAGUUUUAUGAAUCAACAAUAAGAAAACUUUGCAAUAUAUAAUUAAGUAAUACCAGCUUUUCAAUUCAGUAUGAAUAUAAAUUUUUUAGUAAUAAAUGUGUAUUAAAAUAAAAUCACUGAAGUUGUAUUUUCAUCUGGAAAAAAGAGAAUAUUAUUUCCAAUGUUUUGACCCAAAGUUAUAAUAUUUUCAUUUUGCUCAAAGGAAAUCAUAGUUUUAGAAAAUAGAUUGAUACUUUAAUCUGAUGCUGUUUAUAUAGGGAAUAUAAAUGAUUUGUGACUAAUUUUCUUCUGUUUAUUUAUUUCAGAGCUUACUUUAGCGUUGGGGGAUCUUCUUUUUUUUAAAAAAAUAUUUAAUGAAAUAUAUUUUACCUUGGGGGGGGGGACUUUUCUCAUAAUUAUUUUAUGCUUUUAAUGUGUCUUUUAAAUGGAACUGUAUUUUGAGUGAAACUUUAUUUUUUCUUCAUUAAAUGAUAUGUUACCAACUGAAUUUAAAAUACAGACUUUUCAGUAUGAUUGAACAUGUGAUUUUUGUGUAUAAGUAACAACUGACAUUUAAAAAUGUGAACAUCUGUACAUGUUGGAACCUAGAGGAAUUAAUUUGGAGUAUUUUUACAAGUCAAGUGAUUUGGCAACUAACUUGAACUACUAAUUUGAAGCAUUUGAGUAAAGUCAAGAUUUGAAAUUGUCAAUAUUUUUUAAAAUCUUUAACUAAAACAGUCAUUUUAUACUGCAGGUUGCCAGUAGGUUAAUAAAACUAGAAGAACUUACAUUAAAGAAAAUUAUUAUAAUCAUGUGUGUAAUGUAUAUGUAGUAGUAAAUUUUAAAACAAAUUCUGAUUUUAAAUUAGGUUUUUAAUAAUGAAACUGAUUAUUAUUAUUAAUUUACUUUCAUUUUACCCCAUUUUUGUUUUGUAUUUUUUCAGGUGUUUUUAAAUUAAAUAUACUUUAACAAAAUUGAAAAGGUAAUAGGAUAAGUCAUUUAUUAAGCAUUGAAACCUUAGAUUUUUGGAAGAUUACUUUCACAUAUGGUCAUUUGGAAACUAAAUGCAUCCUUCAUAAACUAAUCUGUAUCUUAUAAUUUCCAUUGAAAUUCACGUAAUGUAAUAAAUCAAGUUUUUCACAAUUUAAUCUACUAUACUUUCACAUAUGGCCAUUUGGGAACUAAAUACAUCCUUCAUAAACUAUUCUGUAUCAUAAAAUUUCCAUUGAAAUUCACUUAAUGUAAUAACUCAAGUUUUUCACAAUUUAAUUUACUAGAUUUAGUCAAAUGUUUAAUUAGCAGUUUGCUAUGUUACUGGUAUUCAAGUUUGCUUUUGAUGAGCAUUAGAAGGAAGGUAAACAUUUCAAAAGUAAGGAUAUUGAACCAAAUGGUUAAAUUAAUGUUUUAUUUUUUCCCAUGAAAAUAGGAGUUUGGUAUGAACUAUAUGUGUACUUAGUAUGCUUAUUUUAAUAAGCUGUAGACUACUCUCUAGCCAUUCUUUAAAAUAUCAUAGGGGGUGGAGACAGUAUUUUUAUUCUAGAUUUAGAAUUACUGAGAAAUUAUUUAAAAUUGAGAGCUGUUAGUAUAUUAAAAUUCUUGUUUCAUUUUUAUCCACUUUGUAUUUUUAUAGCUGUUCCUUUCUUUAAUUAAAAUUCUCAAGUCAUUUAAAUUUGUAAUUUAGAUACAAUAGAUAAAAUACUUUACAAAAAAAUUUCAGUGGAAUGAAAGUAACAUCUAGCAAUGUAAGAAUAUUGGUCUCUCAUUUUUUAACUAUAAUUAAAAGAUAAUCUGCAAUAAUGGUGGGAAUUAUUUCUUUUAAAUACUUGAUGUGAGAAUACCUGAACAUAGCAGCUUGCAUAUCUGAUUUCAUGUUAUAUGUUCAUUAAAAGUGAUUUCACAACUCGUUAUUGCUUACUUUAAAUAUAUAUUAUUUUAGAUGUUUUAAUACUUGCAGAGCAUAACUUGGCAUUCAAAUAUAAUUUUACAUGCGAUUAAAUUAUUGCAUGACAUUAAAUUGCUUAUUUUAAAAAAACUUGAAAAUUUUGAUAUUCUGUAUUUACUAAUUUAUUGUGAACAUUGCUAAGAUUCCAUUGCUGAAGUAAAAUGUUCUGUGGUCAGUAAAUUUGUAUUCAGUAUCUGUUGAAAAUCUCUUACAAGAUCUUUGUUUCCAAAAUUAUUCUUGGUGCAGAAAUAUGUUCUGUUGUAAAGUAUUGAAUAUUUUUAUGAAUUCUUUAUUAUGAGUCUUCUACAAUUUGGUUUAUUGAUAUUGGUCUGUAAGUGUCCCCUUUUUCUUUCGUUUCUUUUAAAUCAUGGAUUCUUUUAAAUUAUUUUUAUUCUGAAAUAAAAUUGUUUUUAGUACUAUUGUUGAAUUUUGUUCAAUGCAUAGAUUUUUGCAAUGUUUUGUGCACAAAUCUUCACGGCAAAAUAUCACCGUUGUGUCGACAGAAGCAGCAAAUAUUCCGUGUCAAGCUGCAUGAAAAACUACCAGAUGAUUUGUAAUGCUUAAUCAAUAAAGAAGUGUUUUCAGAUGUUUGAUA